AGAGCACUCGAGACCAGAAAAGCGCACCCACGCCACGCCAUGCACUUGCGCUUGCAGCGCCGAUCUGAAUCUGAUCGGCUAUCCGCAUGCAUCAGCGCAACUGUCGCUGCGCGCGCUCAUGUGCCGUCGUGCCCGUCGAUCUUGAUCGCUUGGAUUCAGCUGUUUCUCGUCGACGACUCCAACCCUUCCUAGCUAUUUAAGAACCGAUUGUAGCAACCACAUCGAAGACCACCACCUUUCGUCUUGAUCCCUCCCUCUAUCGUGAGCUUCUUCCUGUGUGAUCCAUCUUCACUUGCACUGGAUCCUGCUGUUCUGUUUGAGACGCCAAGCUAAGGGUGGCAGUAAUGGAGACACCCAAACCUCUGGCCGUCGUGUUCCUCGCGGUGGUCGCGCUGGCUGCCGCGCCGCCGGCCGUCGACGCCUGGUCCAGGGGCACCGCCACGUUCUACGGCGGCGGCGACGCCUCGGGCACAAUGGGCGGGGCGUGCGGGUACGGCAACCUGUACGCGACGGGCUACGGGCAGUACACGGCGGCCCUGAGCCAGGUCCUGUACAACGACGGCGCGUCGUGCGGGCAGUGCUACCAGAUCUCGUGCGACCCGCAGACGGACGCGCGGUGGUGCCGGCAGGGCGCCGGCCCCGUCACGGUCUCGGCCACCAACCUGUGCCCGCCCAACUACGCCUACUCCGGCAGCAACGGCGGCUGGUGCAACCCGCCGCGGGCGCACUUCGACAUGUCCCAGCCGGCGUGGCUCAAGAUCGGCAUCUACCAGGGCGGCAUCAUCCCGGUGCUGUACCAGCGCGUGCCCUGCGUGAAGCAGGGCGGCGUGCGCUUCACCAUCACCGGGUUCAACCACUACGAGCUGGUGCUCAUCUCCAACGUCGCCGGCAGCGGCUCGGUGGCCAGCGCCUGGGUCCAGGGCGCCAACACCAACCGGGUGCCCAUGAGCAGGAACUGGGGCGCCAACUGGCAGUCGCUGGCCGGGAUCGCCGGCCAGGCGCUCACCUUCGGCGUCACGUCCACAGGCGGACAGAGCAUCGUCUUCCCGUACGUCGUGCCGCAGAACUGGGUGUUCGGCAUGUCAUUCACCAGCAACUUGCAGUUCUCCUACUAACUACAGGAAGAAUAUAUAAAUAUAUAUAGCGCUCGCCUACCUACUAAGCCUAGGCUCGGAGCGAGCCCGUCUCUUUGGAUAGCAUUUCAGUAGAUAGUUAGCUUGGAGAAAGCUUUCUGCCUACAGCAUUAUGUAUGCAUGUUGUGCAAAUCUUUUCCUUCAUUUUGUAUUUGUAAUGAUCUUGGUUUAGUUGUGGGAAGUAAUUAAGAUUUUAGUCUCUAUGUCGGGCCAGCUGCUUGCUUGCCCCGUAGAACCAGACAUACAAAAAUGUAAGGUGUUUCAUAUUUGAUUGAAAAAUAUUUAGACUGCGUGUGAUAA